CCCCAAUCCCCUGUCGUCAACUUUUCCCUAGAGUCGCCUUCAUUCUCGACGGCAUCGCUGUGCCCUACUUAUCAUGUCAUCCUCGCGUGCCUUGCGGGCUCUUCCCCGAAGGCUUCAAGGCUUGCCAAAGGCGCAUCCAUCACAGCAAACAGCCUCUACUCGGAGCCUUGCUACUAUUUGCGUGGAGGAGAAGGAUCCAGCAGAGCUUGAUCAGGUCACGACCCUUCCCAAUGGUCUUCGUGUGGCGACAGAGGCCCUACCAGGUCAUUUCGCUGGUGUAGGUGUAUAUAUUGAUGCCGGAUCGCGGUACGAAAAUGAAUCACUACGCGGCGCAAGCCACAUAGUCGAUCGUCUAGCCCUGAAGUCGACGAAAGCACGUACAUCGGACCAGAUGCUCGAGUCAAUAGAGUCGCUGGGUGGAAACAUUCAGUGUGCUUCGUCAAGAGAGUCGUUGAUGUAUCAAUCUGCGACCUUCAACUCCGCCGUACCCACAACUCUUGCCCUGCUUGCUGAAACCAUCCGACAACCAUUGGUGACUGACGAAGAGCUGGAGUCACAACUGGCCACGGCCGAGUACGAGAUUGGCGAGAUAUGGUCGAAGCCAGAGCUCAUAUUACCUGAGUUAGUGCAUAUGGCGGCCUACAAUGGCAACACACUAGGAAACCCCCUUCUGUGCCCAAAGGACCGGCUCGACAAGAUAAACCGGUCCACCAUCGAGACCUAUUUAAAGACUCUCUACAAGCCGGAGCGAAUGGUAGUGGCAUUCGCUGGAGUGGAUCAUUCGGAUGCGAUUAGGUUAGUGGAGGACUACUUUGGAGACAUGAAGAAUGGCGAAGGUCCCUCAUUACCGAGCCCAUCAGAAUUACAAGCACAUCUUGCAUCGCUUCAAGGCCAGCCGUCAGACCAUGCACAAAAUCCCGCUUCCACCAACACGGCGAAGACCUCAACUGGACUACCAGUCCAAGAACCGUCACGACUUCUCUCCAAAAUCCCUUUCCUCAAAAACCUCUCGACCUCCGCCACGGUCAAAGCUUCCGUGAAUCCGCUCUUUGACAUCUCUACUCCGACUCCAGACCAGCUAGCCGCACCAUCUCACUAUACUGGAGGCUUCCUCGCCCUGCCCACAAUCCCCCCACCCAUGAACCCAAAUCUCCCACGUCUCUCCCACAUCAACCUCGCCUUCGAAGCCCUUUCCAUCGAAUCACCUGACAUCUAUGCCCUGGCGAUUCUGCAAAUACUCCUCGGGGGCGGUGGCUCCUUCAGUGCCGGCGGCCCCGGCAAGGGCAUGUACAGCCGCCUAUACACCAACGUUCUCAACCAGAACAUAUGGGUCGAAAAUUGCGUUGCAUUCAACAACUCGUACACCGAUAGUGGCGUCUUCGGAAUUUCGGCGUCCUGCAUGCCUGGUCAGAUACGUGAAAUGCUUGAGGUCAUGUGUCGUGAGCUGGACGCGUUAAGUCACGAACACGGUUACAAGGCAUUGAAGGCACAAGAGGUGCAGCGCGCAAAAAACCAGCUGAGGAGCUCGCUCUUGAUGAACCUGGAGAGUCGCAUGGUAGGGUUGGAAGACUUGGGAAGACAGGUGCAGGUGCAUGGGCGGAAGGUCGGUGUCAAGGAGAUGUGCCGCAAGAUUGAGGAGGUCAGCAUACAAGACCUGAGGAGAGUGGCGCGGGAAGUAUUUUCUGGACAGGUGUAUAACAAAGGGCAGGGGACUGGCGCGCCUACGGUAGUAAUACAAGAAGGCGAUAUGGAGGGCCUGAAGAGGAAGGACUUCGGAUGGCAAGAGAUCCAGGAGAGGAUCGCGAGACACAAGCUUGGCCGCCGAUGAUCAUUAGCAUAUGAGCUCGCUAGAAAGGCGCCUGUAAUAUAUGUUACUGUAAAUAUUCACCUUUUAUCUCUGACAAGGCCAUUGUAAGAUUUAUAGACAUUUUUUAAACUUGAGCCCUUGUCAACCUGACACCACAUUCCACAGACAAGGCACUUCGGACUUGGCCAUGCUCCUUAUACGGCUACGAGGUAUUUCUUCACGUAGGUGUACUUGAGCCCUUGUCAAUCUCGUCAUCAGGCUGUCAGUCAUGAUAGAGUAGCAGUUUUACAAAUCCCUUUAACUUAGAGAUCUUAGUAUUGCUUUGGGUUCACUAAGGUGUGACACUGACAUAAUGAUGGGAUAGAAUAGCGUACUUUGAGCGCAAUGAGAAUGUAUGAG